AUGCCUGCUGGAAAAGUGUUCCAGCUUCGUGUGGCUGCACAGAGUGUUUUGGAGCAGUGUGGUGGACGGUGCCAUGUUGCGCACCAUCUGCAAGGGUCUUCUCUUGGUAAGGGUCAACAAAGUAACGGAGGACUGCAACAUCACAAGCGUGAAGCAAAGGGCGAUCCUUCCUGCCUCGUGUGGUUUGUCGCGCAACCCGCUGACGCGUCUCCACAAUGUGUAUGGGCGAAGCAUGAGGACAAUAUUGUAUACUUUAUGGUACCGGACAGUGGCACAUGCACGAAUAUUACGAACAUGAUUUUGAACAGAGAUCCUCAUUCGAGGCCAUCUACGUCAAAGGCUGACGAGCCUGACGUCUCUUUCAUUGUGCGUUUUCCUCUAAGUCCUACUUACCCGAAUGGGUUUCUCUCGCACGCUGGGGUUUUGCCCGUCGCCCGUGGGGGGCGCCGUCAAGUACAGGAUGUCAUGGAGGCGAUUGUCCCGGUGCGAAUGUCUGAGCGGAAAAGUCGAAUGUUUGAUGCGAGUUGCAUGCAGGCGUACGGCGAGGAGGGGAUUAAAACAGAGAGCGUGCAUAAGGCGUAUUUCGUCAUUGUGAUGGACUCGAGAAUUGGUGUGCCUGCACCGUGGAGUUCGACGGCUUUCCCAUUUGUGCGUCGCAUUGAAGUUUUUUCUUGUUGA